UGUGUGUGUGUGUGUGUGUGUGCGUGCGCGCGUGCGUGCGCGUGUGUUGUCUACAUCUAUUGGCACCACCCAGUGACUCACGGUGCACUUCCCUGUCUGGUUGCCAGCUGCAGCCAGCAGCACGGGGCGGGCCGGGCGUGGGCGGUGCGAGCUGCCUGUUCUCCGCGGUGGGCACACGGAGACGAGCCAGGAGGCGGACUUGCACCAGUGUGUCGGUUGAUUCGUGUCAAAUGAUUUAGCGCUAAAUGGGCUCAGAUAAAAAUAUCAGGAUUGGCCAUGGCGUUGCACGCACACUUUCAAAGACAAAGAGAGCGACAUUGAACGUUGGGUCAUUGUAUUGACAGUGAACUCUAUUCUAUUUCGUUUUGGUUUCACUCAAGACUUUAGAACGGCAGGCCCAAACAGAAGCAGUAACCUCCACACAGAUGUCCCUGAUGAUUUCUAACUGGUAUCAGGCAUGGCACAAUGUUUCCUGCACUGUGUUUUCGCAGAGGACUGUAAGGUUGUCAAGCAAGCUCAGUUGCCGUCGGAGUAUGACCCAACCAAAUUGAACAGAAUCUAGAUUAUUGGGGUACAUGCGUUCAGAGACUGUAGUAAUUACAAGCUGAGCAGCAGCCAGGUAAUUCACUCAGCUAGGGACGUUGUUUCCUGACCACCUGCGACCAGAUUUGGCAAUUAAUGUUGUAUUUGGGUUGAAAUUAAGCUUGGCAAUGAAUUGGGACAGGCUUAACCCACCAAAUGGCUAUUUAUGUAUUCUAGUAGUGCGGUCAUUAGACUAAUGCAUGACAAUGUAUCACAUAGACUCACUAAUGUUACACUGCCAAUACAAGUAUGUUUAAGUAACAUGGAACAAAUACAUCUAAUUAAACAGUCUUUAGUCCGGCAUUCGAAGCCUGUAGCACAGAAAAUUUAUAUCUGCUUUGAGAUGUGUCUGUGUGAGUGAAUGCAUGCGUGUCAUGUGAUCUAACGUGUUUGCUGUUGUCCUUCUGAAUUUUUGUAUUGUUCUGCAGUGUGGUUAGCCAAUAUCUGGCUUCCAGGGAGGUUUGUUCCUUCAUGAACACAAAUGAGAAUCUGUGUAUAAGAGCAUUUAAUAAUAUGAAGGCAAAGCACGCCUCACCUUUUUCCCCAAAAAUGAUUCCCUUAAAAUAAUGCAUGCAUGUAACACCUAUCACCGUCGUAGGCCACUGGAAUGUUCACUUGUGACUUAACAGCUCUUUACCUUAAAUAGGAUAAAUUUGGUUUUCGAUCCUGUCACAACUUUUGCCACCAUCUUGCCUAGAAUUUCUCUUGAUUUUCUAUUUUCUCAUUAAAAUCGUUUAUGAGUGUGCAUCUCCAAAAUCUUAUUUUAAAGGGUUAUUUAGCUCUUCUCCUUAGCCCUACACCUCAAUUAAACGACUAUUGGGACAGCCCUUCCCUAGGCGUGAACGCGCAAAAUCGAGGGGGUAGGUCGGGACAAAUUGGGAAUGGGCCAAAGCUGUGGAAACAACAUUUACCAUGUUUACCCUCAGAAACGCGCUGCGCAAAUAUAAUGCUUAUUUAAAAAAACAGAUUAUUCAUGAAUGUAUUAUUCAUACAUUAUCUGUCUUCUCUAGCAAAAGUGUUACCAGAGAACACAAAUAAACGACGGAAAAUGAUGUCCCAUUAGUUAUCCUCCAUUUUCCCUCCCCCGUGUCACCUUACGGGCUCGGUAAAAAAAAAAAGGGCGGUGGCACUCCAUCCUUUCACUGAAAAAAUCCGACGCGACCCGAAUGCCUCUAUCGAAGUCGGUGUUUCUAAAACAGUCUCAACGAAUGCAUACGCAACGCAAAUAAAACAUAGUUUUAUGUCAUGAGCCAACGUUUAGUUCUCAUUUUACGCUUUUAACGGAGGUACUGAGAUGUAACCAACACGAACGAGCGGCUCCCCCUCCCCCGUCGCCCACAGAGAGGAAGAAAGAGGCGAGGGAGCGCGCAGCAGGCAGCACCACGGACACAGGGAAACAAGAGCCGCGCGCUGAGCAGCGAGAGGAAGAAAAAAAACAUAGACCUUACAGACAAAGGAAAACAUGGACAUGCGAAGACCUUUUCCCUUGAAACAGGCACGUGUACACGAAAGGAUUUUUUGGUGGUCCUGCACAUAUUUGGAAUGAACGGACCCUUCUCCCAAUGUUAAUGAGGCGGGUGAGUGCGCACAGCGAGCUAAAAAGGCGGACAGGUUUCUUUAUCCCGUCUGCAAACACUGCCUGCUUGCGAUGGCCGUGGCUUCGCGAUGCAGUAAGAGCCUAAAGACAAAUGUGCCUUUUUAUUUAUAUUUGAUGAUUUUUGUAUUCAGUGGCCUUACAAAUGCACAAAUACGGUACGCUAUUCCGGAGGAGUUGGAGAGCGGUGCUGUGGUCGGUGACAUUGUGCGGGACUUGGGUUUAGACCCGAGAACGCUCUCCACACGACGAAUGAGAAUCACCUCGGACAGUGGACGGAGAUAUUUCACCAUCAAUCACAAAAGUGGAAAGCUCUUGGUGAGUGAACGCAUUGACAGAGAGGCAAUUUGUGAAUUCGGCGGCACCUGCUUUCGAAACCUGGAAAUAGUCGUUGAAAGUCCAUUGGAAACGCACAACGUAGCAGUGGAAAUCCUUGAUGUAAAUGAUAACGCGCCACAAUUCCCCAGAGACGAAUAUCAACUUGAGGUACCAGAGUCCGCGGUCACUGGCACCCAUUUCAGCCUCGAGGGCGCACAGGAUGCGGAUGACGGUACGAACUCGGUGAAACUGUACCGCCUCAGUCCAAACGACCACCUGGCGCUGGACUCCAUCAAACCCCUAUCGAACAGUAAGCACAUUGAACUCACCCUCAAGAAGCCUUUUGACCGAGAGCAUAAGUCUUCUCACCAACUCAUCCUAUUAGCUGUUGAUGGCGGCACACCACAGCGUACUGGCACAGCCAAAAUUAACAUACGCGUGUUGGACUCCAAUGACAACGUUCCCGCCUUCGACAACUCUGUGUACAAAGUGAAACUGUCCGAGAACUCCCCCAGGGGGGCCCUGGUGAUCCGGUUGAACGCCACGGACCGUGAUGAGGGCUCCAACGGGGAGGUGUUCUACUCUUUCAGUAGCUACACACCGGAGAGAGUCAGACAGAUGUUUUCUCUGGACACCAACACAGGUGAGAUCAGGGUGAAGAACAACAUUGACUAUGAGGAGACCAACUCAUAUGAGAUGUACAUCCAGGCCAUGGACCGAGGGCCGUCUCCGGUGGCGGUCCACUGCAAGGUGGUGGUGGAGGUCUUGGAUGUGAAUGACAACAUCCCAGAUAUCGUGCUGUCCUCUCUCUCCAGCCCCGUCCGCGAAGACGCCCGGCCCGACACCGGGGUAGCGCUGAUCAGCGUCAACGACCGGGACUCGGGACAGAACAAACGGGUGACCCUGGAGAUCAUGCCCGGCCUGCCCUUCAGGAUCAAAUCCUUCCGCAACCACUACACCGUCGUCACCGCCGCCUUCCUGGACAGGGAGUCCAUCUCGUCCUACAACAUCACGGUCAUCGCCGUCGACGGAGGCUCUCCGCCUAUGUCCUCCCGCAUGACGUUCAAAGUGGAGGUGGCGGACGUGAAUGACAACCCGCCCCGCUUCGAGCAGACGUCGUACACCGUCUACGUGCCAGAAAACAACGCGCCCAGCGCCUCCCUGUGCGUGGUCAAGGCCUCCGACGAGGACGCCGGAGAGAACGCCCGCAUCACCUACACGGUCCUCAACGACAACAACCACGGCAUCCCCGUGGCCAGCUACGUCAGCAUCAAGCCCCACACAGGCGAGGCCUUCGCCCUGCAGGCCUUCGACUUUGAGAAGCUCCGGGAGUUUCACUUCCAGGUCAAAGCGCAGGACAACGGCGUGCCGCACAUGUCCCGCGUCGCCACCAUCUACGUUUACAUCAUGGACCAGAACGACCACCCGCCCAAGAUCAUGCACCCGCCCGCCAACGGCACGCGCAUCACUGAGACGCUGAUGAAGAACGCGGAGGCCGGCGUGCUGGUGACCAAGGUGCUGGCCUGGGACGGGGACGCCGGGGAGAACGCCUGGCUGCUGUACGUCCUGGACCCCACCAGCACCGACGUGGACCUGUUCAAGGUGCACGAGCACACGGGCGAGAUCCGGACCACGCGGCGCGUCAUCGAGGACAACGCCACCUCCUUCAUGCUGACGGUGCACGUCCGUGACCACGGCCUGCCGGCGCUCACCUCCAUCGCCACCCUGCACGUGCACGUCCUGGAGCUGCCGCCCAAGGUGGGGCCCGACCCCAAGCGCGUCACCCGGCCCAGCCGCCGCCUCAGGUUCUCCAACCUCACCCUCUACCUCAUCAUCGCCCUGAGUGCCACCACCUUCGUCUUCCUCGUCACCAUCUUCGUGCUGGCCAUCGUGCGUUGCCAUGCCUACUGCACCCAGCCCGGCUCCUGCUGCCCCUGCUGCGUGUCCAAGAAGGCCAUGGCGGAGGCCCAGUCCUUGGCGGCUGUUUCUGCAGGUGGAGGAGGAGGAGGAGGUGGAGGAGGAGGAGGAGGCGGGGCCACAGGCGGACUGGUGGCAGGACAACCUAACAACAAUGUGGCGUUGCGGCGGGACCUCAAGGUGGAGCCUCGCUACAUCGAGGUGCGGGGCAACGGUUCCAUGACCAAGACGUACUGCUACAAGACAUGUCUGACCGCCACGUCGGGCAGCGACACCUUCAUGUUCUACAACACGGGCCGGCCUCACAGCGGGACCUGGGGCUCGGGCUACGUCACCAGCCAGAGUGGACACAGCCAAAUGUUUGUAAGGAGACUCAGUAUGCCAGAUGCCGCCGCCAUUCAGCCCAGGGCGCCUAAUGCAGACUGGCGGUAUUCAGCCUCCCUGAGAGCCGGAGGUGUAAUGCAGAGCUCGGUGCACAUGGAGGAGUCUGCGGUGAUGCAGGGAGCCCAGGGGGUCCUGGUCCAGAACUGGCCAACAGUGUCCAGUGCAGCCGACGGUGACGGGGGAGAGGUGUCCCCCCCGAUGGGAGCAGGGGUGGACAGCAACAGCUGGCACUUCCGCUACGGUCCUCCGGGGGUCCCCGGCGGGCCCCCGCAGCACCUGAAACCCGGCGAGGUGCCCCCCGAGGCCUUCAUCAUCCCCGGCUCCCCGGCCAUCAUCUCCAUCCGGCAGAACCAGGGCGGAGAGGACGACAAGAGCGACUUCAUCACCUUCGGCAAGAAGGAGGAGGCCAAGAAGAAGAAGAAGAAGAAGAAGGAGAAGAAGGACAAGAAGGACAAGGGCAAGGACGACGGCGAUGACUAGAGGCGGGGGCGGGGGGACGCGUCACCUGGGGGAGGGGCUGUUGUUAAAACAGAGGUACCAACUCAUGAUCCACCGGCAGGGGGGAAAGAAAGAUAAGAAAAAAUACAAAUCAUUACAGUUCUACAGGUUUCCCCCGGUUCUGCUGUAUCACAUAGACACAUCCCUUAAUACUUAAGAUCUCGGCCUCUAUUAUCUACUGCUGGCAAUCCAACCCUAACCGAGAUUUACGUUAGUGCCGCUCCUGUCUCGAGGAAAAUGAAUAAUCGCGCAUGGCUUGAAAUUCAACAGAUUUAACCAGGGCUAACUGCCGUCCACCUUGAUGUAAUCGACUUGCUAUGCCCUCCACUGCUGGGAGUUUUGCCUUUUCACUCAGUGGGCAUGUUGGCACCUCUGUAUUACCUCCGCCCUCCGCCCCAACCAUGAUGUACAAACACUGCUCUUUGAGAUAAAAGCGUAUUCCUUGUAUCAACAGCAACGACCACAACAUGCUUCGUUCCAGCCAUGAAAAACGACAGAAACAAAAAAAAAAUACGCCAGGAGCAAAAGAAAAAGAAAGGCAGGCAGAUGACACGCAUUUAUGAAUGAUGCAAUGUGAUUUCGAAGCUGGACACACACUACUUGUAAAUAGCACGGGUGAGAGAGUCACUUAGGCAGAGGCUUAUAUCGACACUGCUGCCACUUUCUGAAGUGUACCACGAAAGUAUACUCUUGGAAGGCUAGGAAGACACACACACACACACACACACACACACACACGAGUGCACAAACAGUAUGACAUACACACACACAUGCACACAUUUAUAUCUAGACACACCAGACACCUGAUAUUAUGUCCAACUCAGCGUGAACGCUCUGGAGACCUACGAAGAGAGAUGUAAAAAGGAGGCAAAACCCAAUCCCGACUAACACCACUUACGAGAUACGCUUCAAAAUAAGAUACUGCAAGUUUCUUGCCCUGCAAAGUCUCCGCGGCAGUAUGCUCGUGUGCUCCCUCAGGAUGGAAGCAGUGCCAACCCCCCAGGGGGCCACUGCUCCUCGGUCCGUCCGUCCGACGGCUCUGACAGGACACAGAGAGGAGCACACCUUAGCCUGAACCCGCUUCACGCAUCGUUAGGCUGGGGAGGCGCCGGGGGACCUCCUGCGGAGCCACGGGGAGCAGGAGCCCCCGCCGAGCUGGCCGUGUGUGAAGGGCACUCUGUGGAGGACCUGGUGAAACGCUUUUGAUAUGCCUUCCCUCCUCCCCCCCCCCCAGCCACUCUGCUACACCCUGAUGCUCUGAAUGUUUGGCAGCGACCCGCCCUCGCCUGGCUACCUUGACAUCACCAGUGAUCCUUACCCCCCCCCCCCCCCCCCCCCCCUCUAGCUACCGCAACACCCCCUCACCCAGCCCUCUCCCCGUGCUCCCUCCUGCAUCCUGCCCCACCUCCACCCCCACCCCCCCACCAACGGCCUACUUUAUGUGAUGGUGAAACGUGUGAACUUGAUCUCUGCUAACUCGUUUUCAGUGAACAGCCACGACUUCCUACUUCCUCUCUUUUCUAUAGCUUUAAAUACAACGCUUCUGCUUGUCCCCCCCCCCCCCCCCCCUCCUCCUGCCGUUACCUGGGUGAUGAUUGCAUAUUGACGGUGGGGCGCUGGUUAUAAUACCCUGUCAACCUUACUCAACCCUAGCCCCACCCACCCCUACCCCGCUCCAACCCCCCGGCCCCUGCUGGGGGUCUCGAGAAGGGCCUUCUGAGAACAUUGUGGUGUGCUGGGAACACGGCAUGGAGUACUGUGGAUGGGGCCCCGGGGUCGGUAUUGGAGGCCAUUCCUUGUUUUGUCUUUGUCAGACGUCCCUCUCAAGUGCAAAGUGGUCAGCGCUUUUAGCCUCCUCCAUGCUGAGGACCAGCGCUCCUUCCCCGUGCGUGUAGACACGGAUGAGGGGGGACCAGGUGGGAUAGGGCUUCCUUAAGACCAGGGUGGAGAUCCUGAUUGAGGUGGUGGGGAGGGUGCUAUGGGCUGGCCCUCCUCCUCUCAUGUACCACAAUGUAGACCUUUAUUUUGGCGCCUGAUUGAUUCCUUUCGGAUUGUUGCUUAAAACAAAAUUAAAGUUGGUCGUGAUGUGUAGGCUUUUAUAUAUACACGCCGUAAUUGUAGCGUACUCUGUUAAUAGAAACGUCUAGAUCACUCAAUGCAAAACACAUGUAAAAUAUACGCAAGCGUCCAGGGGUCUCCACCCUGAAGCCUAUCCUGUCAACCCCUCUCGGGAGACUUUGAAACAGGGGGGCCGAUAGGAGGAAUGGGCGUUACCCCAUUCUGAAGUCACUUCCUGUAGCCCAUCAUCCUACCAUCCCCCUGCCUGUAUGUUCUGCAAGCCAACCCCCCCCGCCUUCCCACCCCACAAUGUUUUAUGGCUCAGUAUGAUGUCACUCCACUAAGUGGCUGCUGCAUGUACUGCUCUCAAAGUAAAAAAAACACAAGACUAUAUAGAGAAAUAUAUAUAUAAAUAAAUAGAUGGCUAUGAUUUUAUGAUUCUUUUUGUAUGAUGAUCUGACUUCAUGACUCACACAGGAGACCUGUGUAUGUAUAACCUCUGCCUCUGCCAAACAUCUCCUACCUAGUACUCUCCUACACACCCCACAGACCGUGGCGUCGUUUGUUAACUAAACCUUGUUAGAUAUUUGUAAAUGCUGUAGUGUGAAAUAUUUGCUCCUGAGCCCCUCAUUCUUUUUGUUCCCUUUUCCCCCAAAUAUGAGUUACGUUUUUUUUGCAAAUGAGAAGAGAAAAAAAGAAAAAAAAACAAUCACUCUUUUGUGUCUGGCUUUGACAUGACGAUCUUACUAACACUGUUAUAUUGUAACUGAACUAUGUAUGAUCUCCUCCCCUUACAGCCUACUUUAAAAAGGACAAAAAAAAAAAAAAAGACAAAAACAUAAAAUGAUGUGCAAAAAAAUAUACAUAUAUGUAGUGUAUGCUUGUAUUUAGUAAGCAUUUGGGCUGUCAUUCUUUCCUAAUGUAUGGUGGUGACAAAAUGGUGGUAAUGUGCUGGACCCAAAUGGAUCAGCACAGAUCUGUUGUAAAACCUUUUUUCACCCACUCAUCAACUGUGACGGUGAAGUAGUAAAUCCAUUUUAUUUUUGGCAUUUUUUUUUAUUUGGUCUAAAUGGAUACCGUGAUAAUGUGUUCUGUUUCUAAAAUCACUAAUAAAGUUUUCUUUCUAAAAAUGA